AUGCCUUCUGGCUUGUGUAAGGAAGGCGUGAGCUUCUACCAGAGAAGCUAUAAGGUAAGAUAAGAUAAACAUAUUUAGUUAUGGUUGGGGGCGGGGGCGGGGCAUGAUAGUUACUUCAGUGAUGUCAUUGCUAUGCUAGUAAGGGACAAAUAGCCAGCCUUAAUUAUCAAGGAAACCUUGACCCAACCCUGCUAACUUCAGAUUUGACAAAGAAAGGAACUCCAGUUAUUGUCAUUUGAGAUGUAAUCCUGAUUCCUGAUCUUCCCUACCCCACAGAUGCUGUUAAUUAAUGAGUGAAAUAUUCAUAUAUUAAUAAUCAGGAAGAGAUAUAGAGAGGAACCCAAUGGAGAACCCCAGUCCUUGAGUGGAACCCCUGCUUUGAACAAGCCCCCCAAAUCCCCAAAGUGAAUACAUUAACACACUUUUCACUCCACUUUAAUUGAAUGAUAUGGGGGAGGAGAUUCAUAUCUGUCAUGUUUUUGUGUAUUCAUAUCUGUCAUGUCUUUGUGGAUGUGUAUAAUUAGAUCAUUUACAACAUUGAUGUUGAGACUUGAGGUUAGAUAGUACCAGUAGUAGCCUACCUUCCUAGACCCACAAUCCCACACGGUUCAGAACAGUUUUUGUGAUGAUUUAUGAAGAUUUUUUUCCUCAUCAAAGGGAAUGGCAUCUUUCUCCUCUGGACAGGUAGACAUGCCACUGCUCUAUUCCAAUGAUGCCAGUCUUUACCAAUAACCACAGCACCAUCUGCUGGUUCAGGAAGACACUACUAGAGGUCUAUACACAGAAUAGUGUGGUGCGCACAAUGAUUUAUACAUACACUAGAUGACUGAUAGGGGGCACUGUUUUGAAGCCAUUGUGCCUCCAUCUUGGCACUCCCUCACCGUUGUAAAACAUAUUUUGGAAGCUAUAGAAAUGCAUGUAUUAAUGUCUACAUUUGUUUUUGCCACGUUUAUUCUAUUACAGACACCUUAAUGCAUACUUUUAAAUUAUAUUAUGUGAGCUAAACAUAAGAAUAAAAAAAUAAACAAUAUAUGGAAACAUUUUCCUUAAAGUAUAUAUUUUUUGGGGAUGACUAAUGUUACUGUCCCCACUACAACAACUAAAAUACUUAAAUACAUGUAAUUUUGUCCUUGAAACAUUUCAUUUAAAUACUGUAGCAUUCCAUGUAUUCCUAUGGAGGACUGCUCCUACUGGGGAGUGCCAAUAUGGCCGACAGAUGGCUUCAAAGCCUCUCAAUGGCCAAUACAUAGCAUCAGCAAUCCAGGGUUUGUAUACGUCAUUGGGUGCACAUAAUAAGCACUAGUAGAAACACACACAACAACAACAACAACAACAACAUGAAAGAACGGGGACAUGGUUUUGUAUGAUGCAUUGACGAAAUGGUGGUACAAAAAUGGAAUGUCUGACUCUCCUUUUCUUGCGAGGUUACAUAACCCCAGCAUAGAGAGAGUGAAGCGUUCAGUCAACAGCGACUAAUGCAUGCUGGUGUGGGGUGGGCUUUUGGAAGGCCUGCAUUCACUCUGUCACUCUUUUCACGCCACUUCGACACAAAGUGAUUUUUAUAGCAGGUUAGGAGAGCAUUUUCGCUAAACCUAACCCUAACCCAUUUCCUAACCUUAACCUCAGUCUCCUAACCUGCUACGUUAAUUAUCCUAACCUGCUAUGUUAAUUAUCCUAACCUGCGGCGUAAGUUAUCCUACCCUGCUACGAAAAAGUUUUUUAAAAUGGCGUGAAAAUUGUGUUUCCCUUCAUGAGUUUUUCCUGGUCAGUUGACAUGGUCCGGAAACGAGUCAUCCUACAUGAGUAGGGCCAAAUAUGGUGGAAAAAUCAAGAUAUCCCAUAAAGGCUGUUUACCAUUGAAAACAAAUUGUCACAGUUCCCAUUUACUUAUGGAAAAUUCCACCCAAAACUAUAUUUUGGUAUUUGUUUCAUUAGUCCAUUGUUGACAUAGUCCCAAAAUGUUUUGCUUGUUAGCAAUCAAGUUUUCAAGAUAUGUAAAUAUCAAAAUACAGAAAUCAUCCCGUAUGAUGCAUUUUGCAACAUAUGAUGCUAAAUGCAGCAUACGGGGAUUAUUUCUGUAUUUUGAUAGCAGCUGGGUCUGGUCUACUUAGUAAGUCUCAGUUCAUUUGAACCAGAAAAAAAGGAGCCUAUGAAAUGUCUCACUUUCUCUUCCGCCUCAUGAGCCAUGCAGUGAGGAUUCAGUUUCUUUCAUUGGGUGGCAGCAAAGAGCUAUCUUCAAUACCACUAACAGCGUCAUAGUAGUUCAGCAGUGUAUCAUUUAUAAUAAUAAUAAUAUGCCAUUUAGCAGAUGCUUUUAUCCAAAGCGACUUACAGUCAUGCGUGCGUGCAUACCUUUUUGUGUAUGGGUGGUCCUUGCAUUGCAAUCAAUGGUUUAUUACACAGAUGAAUUCACUGGUUUUAUGGACGACUGCUUAAACAGACCACUGACAUUUGAUAUCAUAUGUAAGGUGUCAUGAAGAUGUGAUGGUUGUGUUACAGUCAUGCCAUCUAUCAUCUCUAUGGGUCUGAAACCUCCAGUGAUCCCCUUGAUGACGUUUUAGUGACAGGGCUCUAAUGGUGUCUUUGUCCUUCUCUCUCUCUCUCUCUCUCUCUCUCUCUCUCUCUCUCUUUCUCUCCCCCCCCCCUCUCUCUCCCCUCUCUCUCCCCUCUCUCGCUCUCUCCUCUCUCUCUCUCUCUCUCUCUCUCUCUCUCCCCUCUCUCUCUCUCUCUCUCUCUCUCUGUCCAGAUCACGGGUGCGAUCCUCCUAGCUGUAGGACUAUGGGGGAAGUUCAUGCUGGGUGCGUACAUAUCUAUCAUCGCUGACAGCUCCACCAACGCUCCUUACGUUCUCAUCGGCACCGGAACAUGCAUCAUCGUGUUCGGACUGUUUGGAUGCUUCGCUACGUGUCGCGGGAGCCCAUGGAUGCUCAAGCUGGUGAGAGCUAAGUUGCCAUCUGAGUAACUCUAUUUUUUCUGUUUCUUCCCACUGGGCACAGACGUCAAUUCAACAUCUAUUCCACGUUGGUUCAACGUAAAGUAAUUGAAAUGAUGUGGAAACAACGUUGAUUCAACCAGUGUGUGCCCAGUGGGUUUGUAUCUUUCUUGAUUUCUUUCCUUCUAAAAAUGUAUUCCUUUCCUAUUGUCAUUCAAUGUUCCUUGCAGUAUUUCAAGGAGCUUAUUGUGAGCAAAAGGUGAGAAAACCUGCAUAAUAUACACAGUAACUCAGUGGCCGUUUUGUGGCGCCCUGUGUGCCCUCUCUCUGCAGUAUGCCAUGUUCCUGUCCCUGGUCUUCCUGGCAGAGCUCGUGGCUGGCAUCUCCGGCUUUGUCUUUCGUCAUGAGGUAGGUGGCCCUGCCAUACCUGCCUCUGGCACUCACCCACAGGAUCAUGAGUACCCACCCACUGGGCACAGAUGUCAAUUCAACGUCUAUUUUGUUGAAAUGACGUGGAAACAAUGUUGAUUCAACCAGUGUGUGCCCAGUGGGCAGAAUUCAUCAGUCAGAGUGUCCAUCUGUUUCACAACAGGAGAGGCAAUGAACACAACAAGAACUAAUAAAAAAAACAAUCCUUCUCUGUGUGUGUUUGUGUGUGUGUGUGUUUGUGUAUUCCCAGAUAAAGGGAACCUUCCAGAGGACCUUCAGUGAGGCGGUGAAGAACUACAAUUCCCAGGACGAGAGGAGCCUGGCUGUGGACAAUGUGCAGCGCAGUGUGAGUGACGGUCAUUUUGACAGCCAAAUUAGGAUUGUGAUUAAAAACCAAUUGUGAUAAAUAUCUCUCUCUCUCUCUCUCCACCCCCCCUCUCUAUUUCUCUUUCUUUCUCUCUCUCUCUCUCUCGCUCCUCUCUCUCUCUCUCUCUCUCUCUCUCUCUCUCCUCUCUCUCUCUCUCUCUCUCUCUCUCUCUCUCUCUUUCUCUCUCUCUCUCUCUCUCUCUCUCUCUCUCCAUGCCCCUCUCUCCCUCCAGUUGAAAUGCUGUGGUGUGUUGAACUACACCAGCUGGUUAUCCAGUAUCUGGUUUCCUAACAACGGCAUCCCACCCAGCUGCUGUGCCAACAUCUCCGACUGUAACUCUUCUGACCUGCGCAAUGCCACCAUAGCCCCCAGCAAGGUCCACCAGCAGGUCAGACACACACACACACAGACAGACACACACCAUACACACUGACAAACACACUCACUUGUCUUGUCUUCUACAGGGCUGUUAUGAGCUGGUGACCGACUUCAUUGAGACUAACAUGGGGAUCAUUGCUGGAGUGACGUUUGGAAUAGCUGUCUCACAAGUAAGUAACACACUAUGGACCAGCUGUGUUCUCCCACUCUCCUUCUGUGUGCGUGUGUGUGUGUGUAUGUGUGUGAGCGUGCGCCCAGUGCAGGUUACUAAUGAUUACACACGGCUGGGGCGAUGUUCACCGCUGCUCCUUCAGACCCAAUCAGCUAGUCCGCCACUCAGAGCCUGUUCCAUCACACACACCAGUCAGGCGCGCCUCGGGAACUAUUAUGCAGACCAGAGUACAAGAGCACACACACACAUGCUCCAUCCUUCUCGCUUUUCCUCAUACGCAUACAGGCACACUCUCUCUCUCUCUCUCUCUCUCUCCUCUCUCUCUCUCUCUCUCUCUCUCUCUCUCUCCCCUCCCCCUUCCUUCUCCAGCUCCCUCUCUCUCCAUUCCUCCUCUCUCUCUCUCUCUCUCCCCUACCUCCUUACUUCUCCAGCUCCCUCUCUCUCCAUUCCUCCUCUCUCUCCAUUUCUCCUCUCUCUCCCUCUCUCGCGCUCUCCUCAUUUCUCCUCUAUCUCUCUCUCUCUCUCUACUCUGCGUGAGUGUGGUCGUUACCUCCUGCUCGGGCUGACAUGCUCGAUUAG